AUGGAAUAUACAACAAAAAAUAGUUUUGUUAAUAUUCUUCUCCAAACCUCCCUUGUAUUUGCACUCCACGAUUCUUCAUAUGCAGAUCUUGCUGCCUGUGCUAAAACACCGGCUGAUAUUUUAUUCGUGCUUGACGCUUCUACUAGCAUUGGAAUCAAAGACUUUGAAAAAGAGAGGAAUUUUGUGGCAGGCUUCGUGAAUGAUCUAGACAUUGGACCAAAUGAUGUACAAGUUUCCGUUGGGACAUUUUCUGAUAAUGCACGUGGUUACUUUUAUUUACAUACUCAUCAAAACAAGACAGAGCUUUUGAGUGCAAUUCAAAAAAUUCCGUAUGUUUUUGGACAAACACACACACAUCUUGCUUUCCAACUGGCAGAACAGUACAUUUUUACAAACAGAAGCGGAGAUAGACCAUCAGCUACAAACAUCGUUUUCGUUUUAACUGACGGACAAUCCCAGAAUCAUAGUGCUACUUCCUUGGGGGCCCAGAAAUUACGAGAUGCCGGUGUAAGGAUAUACGCUAUUGGAAUAGGAGGAAACGUUCUGAGAAGUGAACUACUGGAUAUAGCCAGUGAUACUGGCCACGUGUUUAUGGUGGACAGCUUCGCCAACCUAGCAUCUAUACAUAGCCUUGUGCAGAACACUUACUGUGAAGGUUAUUUAAGCACUAUUGAACCCCCUGUAACAUUCAGCCCGUCAACAUCUCAGAAAUUAACUUCAAUGUUGACAUCAAAACCAACCUCCCCAACCAACAGCAAAUCAACGAGCAAGAUGACGACCCAAUCUACCAUUACAACAUCUACAACUGUUACACCCCAAUCUAAAGAAACAACAGCGACAACACCCACAACACAGACGACACUUGUGACUUCAUCGUCUGCAACAACAUCACCAACACCGUCAUCAACAUUGACAACACAGCCUUCGACAAAACCGACGACGGCCUCAUCAACGACAUACGCAACACCACCUCCGAUUUCCAGUGGUCCAUGUAUUGAUAGAAUCGGAAACUGUGCUGAUUAUAGUGAUGACGUAUGUGUGACGUACAGGAAGUGGUCAGUCACGAACUGCGCACGAUUCUGUUUAUUUUGUCACGAUACGGGAACCACACAAACUACCACCACCACUACACUAAAGACUCCAUCCCCAACCACCAGAAACUAUACAGUAUGUGAAGAUAAGGUACCAACGUGUAUCAAUUACGGUCCUGAGAUUUGUUUUAAGUAUACAUCGUGGGCAGCUGUUCAGUGCCCAAAAUUCUGUGUCUUUUGUGAGGCCACUGAUACCACUUCCACCACAACCACGACGACGACGACCACCACCACUCCUCAACCUUCCACCACCCCACGUAUUUGUGCUGAUACCAAAAAUAACAACUGCACUUCUGCAGGGCCAAUCAUCUGCUUUGAAAAUCAGGUGUAUGCAGAGAACAACUGCCCCGUGUUCUGUAAUUUCUGUACACCCCCAGUUACAUCAGUGGGAAUGACUGCCCCUCCAUUACUUCUAUCCAGUACAAUGCCCAAACCAAUGACUACAAAUCCUGACGUCAUUGUGAUAGGAAGAAAGCGACGAGACAUACUCCAUAGGAGAGUGUUUGGAUACAGAAAAUCAAAUAGAAAUUGAACACAUUUUUCUGCUUUGCAUUUUCUGCUUUGCAAUCAAUUUAAAUUUUGGGUAUCGAAUUAAAAGGAGAUUUUGCACUUUCUUGAUUUAUUUAAAAUGACCU